GUUUGACUGGAGUUGGGUUUAUAUUGGAUUUGUUGCAGCUCGAUCGCUUGCAUCUGAUUCGAUCCAGUGAAUUUGUUUGAGGAGCAGAGAGGAGGUGCAAGUAUUGAAGUUCGAGAUCCUGGGAAUCUCAGGUUGUAAGCUUGGUGCUUCUUAAUUAGUGGGGCUCCUUUCUUUCCGGGUUUCUAUGGCCUCCUCUUCAUCUCCAUCUUCAUCAGCUCAACCAUCUUCAUCAUCAACUGCUCAUGCGUGGAAGUAUGACGUGUUUCUGAGUUUCAGGGGUCCCGAUACACGGAGGGGCAUUGUAUCUCAAUUAUAUGAUCACCUGCACAACAAAAGGAGAAUUAAAACAUUUAUGGAUAAUACAUAUCUUGAAGUAGGGGAUAAUAUUUCUCCCACACUCCUUAAGGCAAUCGAAGAAUCAAGGUUUGCAAUUGUCGUUCUCUCUCCAAACUAUGCCUCUUCUUCUUGGUGUUUGGAGGAACUUGCAAAGAUCUGUGAGUGCAUGGAAGAAAACAACAGAAUUCUCCCACUUUUCUAUACUGUGGAACCCUCUGAUGUACGGCACGGGAAGGGGAGUUUCGAAGAGGCUUUCAAGAAGCAUGAAAGCUCUGGGCGAUACACAUCAGACAAGGUGCAACAGUGGAAAAAAGCUUUAAACAAAGUGGCUAGUUUCUCAGGGUGGGAUACAGACAAUAUCAAGACUGAUAUAGAACUCGUGGAGGAAAUUGUGGAUUGUGUUUGCAAAAGAAUACAACCUUUUGACAUUGAGUCCAUCGAAGAUUUUCAGGCGUAUGGAGCAACAAAAAAAGCCAUGGAUGAGGUUAUGGAGGCGCUUAGAGAUGGCGAUGUCACUGCUGUUGCGGUCCAGGGAAUGGGCGGCGUAGGCAAGACAACUAUGGUAAAAGAAGUCGGUGCACAAUGCAGAAAAAUUGGCCUAUUUCAUCAUGUCAUUAUGGGUGUGGUGUCCCAGAGCCUUGAAUUGACGAAGAUUCAAGACGCGUUGGCAGAGCAAUUGGGCAUUGAAAUAAAAGAGAAGACAGAAAGUGUAAGAGCUGCUAAAUUGAAGUCGGAGAUAAUGAGAAAAGAAAAGAUUCUUAUAAUCCUCGACGAUGUCUGGAAGAGUAUAGAAUUGGCAGAGAUAGGAAUUCCCAGCUACGAGGUGCUUCGAAUGCGCAAUUCCAAAGUCGUACUCACCACAAGGAGAGGGAAGGUCUCUAGUGUCAUGAGAUGCCAAAAACAGAUAACCCUCGAUAUCCUAUCAAUAGAUGAUUCUUGGUCCAUGUUUGUUCGAAACUUGCAUACAUCUUUGGAAUCCACGGGUUUUGAGAAUCUGGCGAGGAGGGUGGCUGGAGAAUGUAGGGGUUUACCGGUUGCAUUGAAAGCAGUUGCAAAGGCACUGGGGGAUAAGAACCUGGCUGAAUGGGAAAAAGCAGCUCAACGACUAGAGAAGUCGCAAAGUGCUAACCCUGACCAUGAGGAAGAUGAUGAAAAUGCAUUCAAAUGUAUAAGCCUGAGCUAUGAUUACUUAAAAGAUGAAGACCACACAUGCUUCUUGCUCUGUUGUCUAUACCCAGAAGACCAUGAAAUAGAAAUACAAGACUUGUUCAGGUAUGUGGUCGGAACAAGAUUCUUUCAAUUUGCCGGAACAAUAGAAGAAGCCAGAGGCACGCUAGUUUCUAUAGUCAAGUACCUGAAAGACUCUAGCUUGCUUUUGGAUGGCGGGGAAAAUGGAUGUGUAAGGAUGCAUGAUGUCGUCCGGGAUACAGCCAUUCGAAUUGCGGAAACUGAACGUGGGUUUUUGGUGAAAGCUGGCUUUGGUUUAAACGCUUGGCCUCACGGAUUGGAUAAAGGCUGCACUGCUAUUUCACUGAUGAGGAACGAAAUUCGCAAGCUACCCGAGGAAAAAUUGGUAUGUGAACAUCUCCAGAUUUUGUUACUAAAUCAAAAUUAUGUUUUAGAUCAGAUCCCAGAAUCAUUCUUUAAAAGACUGAAUGAAUUAAGGGUCUUGGAUGUCAGCGACACUCGUAUUUCCGUAUUACCCCGAUCAUUCAGUCUCUUGACCAACCUCCAAGCUUUGUAUUUAGAUGAAUGCUACUGUUUGAUUGACAUUUCCGUAGUGGGGAAACUUAAGAAUCUUAAAAUUCUUAGUGUGAGAAGUAGAACAACUGAACCUAUGGAAUUGCCGAGAGAAAUAGAACAUUUGACCAAUCUAAGCAUUUUGGAUGUCAGUCGAAACAGUUUAUCACAGUACUAUUGUAGUAAUGAGGUGGUCACAUUUCCAUGUGGAGUGAUAUCAAAGUUGCAUAAAUUAGAAGAACUGUACCUGGGGAUCUGUAAAUUUAAGGGCUUGGGGUGUGUAGCUGAGGGACGAGGAAAAGAAGCCAAUAUUGGGUUUGGUGAGAUAGCUGGUUUAUCAAAUUUGAAAAGAUUGCAUGUCGGCAUACCUCAUCACAAAUGCAUCCCUAACGAUGUUGAAGCCAAACCAGAUUGGGAUUACUUUUGUAUAAUCAUCGGCAGGUCCAAAAGCACUUCUGCAUACAGAUUUGGAGAUCGGGAUUCAAGAUCAUUGUUUCUUAAUAAACCAACAACCAUAAGCAUAUUACCUGAUUGGUUUAUCAACGCGGUGGCAAACAUAAUAGAGAAGCUAGAGUAUGAGAAGUGCGGAGGAUCCCUUGUUAUGGAAUAUGAGAGGUUACAUGAGCUCAAGCAUCUCAAAGUUCGUGGUUAUGGCAAUGAUUCCUGGAAAGAAUUGGUCAACACAACAGAACGAGUUCAACAGGGACCAGUGUUUGAGAAGUUGGAAUACUUGAUUCUGAUGAGUCUCCGCCACCUUGAGGAAUUGUGUGUUGGUGAUUUACCACCUGGGUUUCUGGUUAAUAUGAAGCAACUGGAUAUAUCUCGUUGUGCAGUGAAAAAUGUAUCAAAAUUUGUACAAAAAUUGCCAAGUCUGGAGGAAAUGUAUUUAUCCUGCAUGAAGGAACUGAAAUAUGUUUUUGGAUGCGAAGGGUGUGAGCUGAGAGUAUCAAAACUGAGAGACGUGAGAUUGUCGGCUCUAGAUUCCAUGAAGAGCAUUUGUAGUGGUCCUGCCCCACGCGUAAUGUUCCAGAGUAUUAAAAUUAUGACCAUCUACCGUUGUCGGCUGCUGCAAAGUCUGUUCGCAUGUGAUGUAGCCCAAUGUCUCUCUCAAUUGGAAGAACUUCGUGUAAAGUACUGCCCCUCGUUGGAAAGAGUAAUUGAAGAAGUGAAGAAAGAGAAGACGACUCUACCAAAAUUGAAGAUCUUGGAAUUGUGGGGACUUCGAAAGUUGUAUGGUGCAAGCAGCGGUACUGUUGAUAUCGAGUGUCCUUCAUUGGAACACGUGUUCGUGGUGGAUUGCCCCCAUCUUCCAUUUUCAAUCUCUAAUUCCGAUUACUUCAGUUCCUCAGAAAGGGGGAACGGGUUUUUUUCAGACCCCGCUGCUCACUACUUUGGUAGCACAAACCCAGUCCAACUCAAUCACCUAUCCCUUUCCGCCUACGCAGAAAGUUGAUGUGACCGACAUGACCUCUUUGUCGGAUCUGCGCAAGGCCUUCGUCGGCAGCGGUCUCUGAUGGAAAGGACAACUGUCCGAAGAGACAAUUGGUACGACUUUCUUCAUAGCCCAAGGCAGGGAGAUUUGACGAAGGAAGGAGAUCGGAUCCGGGUCUCCAAUUCUCGGGUUGCAGGUGACGCAGCUCCUCUGGUGCUUCCAGCAGAGUACAACGACGGGAAAUCAAAAGCUUGGAUUGAUGGUUUGAGUAUUGGUUUAUUUUCUUCUCCACUUGUAGAGAAGUGGUACGCAGCCCUAUGGUGGAAGAACAAUGUUCUGUCCAGCUUUGCUUUCCUGUGGAGCUGAAUAAUGGAACCAUGGUGGAAGAUAUUCACGUUGUUGGUUUCCUGAGUAAACUUCUUGAAACGAAAAUAACGCAAGUUCUUCGGUUCAAGCAUAAACAGAUCUACACUGGGUGUUUCAGUAUUCUUGGCGGUAAUAAGCCCCCAGGAACUGCUAAUGUUCGUGGAGAUAUAAGCAUAAAUUUUUCUUGGGAUCCAGAAAUCUCCUCGAAGCUGGUUGAUCUUACUUUGGAUGAAAUAUUACGUCUUUAAGAGGAGGGGCCUUAAGCUGAGGAUGGUUGAUACCAUCCUUGAAAGUGAGCAAAGAACCCAUGAAAAUGGGAUCCAGGAGAAUUACUACUGGCUGGAGAGGAUUUUGCACAGCUACCAGUCAAGGAUCUACUCUGGCGAUGUUGGGACUUGUUUUGAGCCUCAAGAGGAAGGUCGGUUAAAAGUUAGACAAUCUCUGACCCCAGGAACAGCACAGUUGGCAUUACGAAACAUACUACCUUAUCCUUGAAGAGCUUAAGUUUCGUUGGAAGAAGGAACUCUCAUAGCUAUGGUUUCUGCUCCUUCUCAUGGAUAGGCUUCCAUUAAUGUCCAAACUUCCUACAGCUUGAGGAUUGGUAACUAAUCAAUGGACAUGUUGGAGUUGGAUAAUCUUGAGCAAACGGAGCGGUUAAAUGGUAGAGAACUUACUGCUGAGUUGUUGAAUGAAUUGUUUGGUGAGAACUAUGGACCAGUGACAAACCAUGUUGUUCGAGGGUAUGGAAUUGGAGUAGAGUGGCUUGAUGUUCCUGGAAUACAAACAACAAAUCCAACAUUAUCCCUUGAUGUAGCAUCACUAAGGUUUGAACUACAGGUAUUGCGUGCUGAGAUCAUCAAGUUGACAAAUGAAGCAGCACUCACUGAAGUUGCAGAGAAGCAAUCUCUAUCAAUCAACUCCAAUGGAAGGGUAUGUGCACUUACUUGGACAGUAGGCUUUAGGAGUUUGUUUUUGAGGCAUAUUGCUAGUAUCUAUACUUCAUCUCAUUAUUUUAGACUCUGUUAGUAUCUAUUAGGGUCCUUUUGGAGAUGAAUUAUGUAUAUUUUGUGUAAUGCUUCUGCUACAUUAGGUACAACAAUAUUAGCUUCUUAGAUUCUGACUAGGAAGUACUAUAAUCAUGUAAUUAUUGUGGUCUGGAAAUGACCCUUUCUGUAUAUUGCUCAAUGAAAUGAUGAAAUGUGUAGCAAUUUAAUGUAGCAAAUCUAAUAUUCGAAUUGA